AUGAGGGCCCCAGCCGACCAGAGGGACAGGUCCAAGUGGUGCGAAUUCCAUGCAGACCAUGGGCAUCGGACAGAGGAUUGCAUCGCCCUCAGAUUGGAAGUGGCCCACCUACUAAAUCAAGGCCACCUCACCGAUUACCUAACCGAAAAGGGCAAGCUUACCCUACAACAAGGAAGGGAUAGACAAGAGAAACACAGAGACGACAGCCCGCCAGACCCGCCACACCAUGAGAGAACGGUGAACGUGAUAUCCGGAGGCUCCGAAGUCAGCAGAAUCACCCACUCAGCCGCCAAGAGACACGCCAGACAGGCUAGAUCAAGCAAAUCAGGGGUUCCGCCUUCCGGCAAAGCUGGACCAACGGAUCCAACCCUAACUAUCAGCUUUGCAACAUCCGAAUUAGACAAGCUUCUACACCCCCAUCAUGAUGCUUUAGUUAUUUCCAUUUAUAUUGCUAACUGUUUAACAAAGCGUGUGCUAAUAGACAAUGGUAGCUCUGCCAAUAUUUUGUUUUGCAGUGUAUACAGGAAAAUGGGUUUGGACGAGUCCAAACUAAUCAAGAAAGCGGCCGUACUCGUUGGCUUCAGUGGCGAGAGUACGACUACUGUAGGGGAGAUCGAUCUUCCCGUCUAUGCAGAGGGAGUCAACCUUUCCACUAGGUUUCUCGUGGUAGACGCCCCGUCAGCAUACAACGUCAUCCUAGCCGUCCAUGGAUCCACAGAAUGGAAGCAGUAUCAUCCACCUAUCAUCAAGUCAUACGAUUCCCAACCAAGUGGGGAGUUAAGGAGAUCAAGGGAGAGCAGAAGGACUCCAGGGCGUGCUACCAAAUCACUAUGA